CAAAAACCCCCGACAAAUAUACAUACCAUUUUUCUCUGUAUCAAUCUUUUUCAGUAAAUUUUUAUAUACACGUUUUUUUGUUCUUUUUUGAAGACGCUGGUCAGCGGUCAUUCCCUUAAGCAAAGAGCGAUUUGGAAGAAUGGGAACGACUUUGCAAUCAAGCUAGCCUGCAAAGCAGGCGCCGCGAGCGCCCGCUUUGCAGGCUAAAUAUUUUGAUUCGCAAAGCUAAAGUUCAUGUGCAUAACACGUGCGGUUGUCAGAAAAUGGCCGACGAAAACGGCAUUGAAAUUUUAGACACAUCUUUCAAAGCUAUUUCCGAAUCGGACGAGAACUUAAACAGGUUAAAACUCUUGAAUUUUAACAAUAUUUUAUGCGACCUACUAUAUUUGCCACGUAGUUGUUUAUGAAUGUGUAUAAUUUUACGGUAAACAGGUGUUCAUUCAUUCGCAUUUUUUGCUUCAGGUUGGCGCCUGGUUCCCCCAAAUGUAAAAGCCUUGGCAAAGGCAGAAGGGAUAAAGUUUGGAGACAUGGAAAUAGGACAAUUUAUACUGCAGGUAUACAAUAAUAAAAUGUACAUAUUACUUGUACAUUUGUUUUUGAACUAGCAAAGUUAUUUUGGCGUCUUUGAUAAGUUGUUUACAUAUUUAUUAUUUUAUUUAUGUAAUUAUCUCAAGUACUUUUAAAUCCGCUUACAGUAAAUUAUGUACAAAAAUGUUAUCUAUAAAUAUGUUUUCAGUACGGUACAUUUAAUUAUUAUCCCAUCGCCCCAUUCUGGAAAAAUACACUGUUUAACUAAUUGACCAAUUACCAUACAAUUCUCUCUCUUUCACAAGUUAAAUUAUAUGAAACACUGAGGGGCCGAUUACAUGGAGGUUUUCAGCCCGGGAUGAAAUUUCAGCCCGGAAAACCGGGAUGAAAUUUUGGCCUGGGGCCCCUAUAAAUUAAAUAUAAAAUGAUUUUUACGAUUACAUGGAAAAAUUUCAACCCGGGCUGAAUUUCAUCCCGUGUUGAAAUUUUCAUCCCGGUUUAUGUCACCCGGGAUGAGAUUUUCAGCCAUGUCAACCGGGAUGAAAUAUCCCAUGUAAUCACAAAUAAUUUCAGCCCGGGCUAAAACUCAGCCUGGAUUCAAACUGCCCAUGUAAUCGUGAUGCUAUUUCAGCUCGGUUAACCAGGCUGAAAACUCUCCAUGUAAUCGGCCCCUAAAAAUUGUAAAAAAUAAAGCAGGAGACUUUGAGUCACAUUUGCCUCUCAGCAGGUUCAGAGGAUUUUGGUUUUCACAAUUUGAUUACUAUAAUUAGGUCGGCCACCAUGGUACAAUUCACAAGGGCAGUUAAAAGAAGCAUUUGUGAUUGGUAAGUUUUAUUUAGGUCGGCCAUUGUAAUUGGCCAUUGGCAUUGUAAUUUUGAAGUAGGCUGCAGCAAUCAUCUACAUAUGAUGAGAAGAACUGGAUUGUGGUUGGCAAAAAAUUGCCGAUCUGGGACGUUGACAGGUUUGGCAUUUAGAUCAGCAUUGCUGAAUGCUGACCUCAUUUUUGAGGGUUGAGCCGUGGAAAAUGAAACUUAAUAUAUCAUAUUAAAUUACUCAGUCUAUAAAUGCUGGACCAGCAAUGUCCACUUCGUUCUGCGCAUCAGUUCUGCUCAUAACAAAGGGGGACCCCCAGAUAUAAACAUUGCCCAAAUUUUGCAUCUUUCAAACUUUUUUGAAUUGAAACCAAAUACAAGUGACAUUCCAUGUGGCUUAUUCAAGGAAUAUGUGGUGGUAGUGCCAGUGGCAAAACGACGGUUGCAAAGAAAAUUAUUGAAGAUCUUGGUGUACCAUGGGUGUGUUUGCUCUCAAUGGACUCUUUUUACAAGGUAGGACGUACAGAGCUUAUCAACCCGAUGCGGAUUAAAAUCACAUACGUAAAAACGUGAUUGUUUUUACAGGUACUAACAGACGAGCAACAUGAACAAGCGUUACAAAACAAAUAUAACUUUGAUCAACCAGGUAUUUGUUAGCUUUCUAAAUGAAGCAUUUUAUAUUCUUAUAUAUGCAUGGGUGACGAGUUCAUGAACGUCAUUUUACAGCCAGGAGUUAUAUGUAUUCUAUGACUAUUUCACUUUGUGAUUACUGGUACUUUGUUUGUAUUUAGAGUCCUUUGAUUUUGAUGUUGCCAUUGAAACAUUAAAAAAAUUGAAAGAAGGAAAAAGUGUUGAGGUAUGGUGACAUGACUGAUUUGUAGCAAUCUUUUACAAACUGCAACACAGAAGGCGAUCUGAUUCAGAGGCCGCGGAAGCAUUUCGAAAGUGGAGGGGCAUUGGCCAAAAGGGGCACUUUUGUAUAUGAUCAAAAUGAAACGACUCUCGUUGUUCACGACCCAAACGAAAAGUUUUGAAAAUAUGGAGUCUCUAUAACAAUUGAAAUGGCCUUUACAGACUCUUUACUGCUGCGAAAAGGGCACUUUCUUUCCAGCAAAAGAGGGCAUUCAUUCAAGAAAUACGUUUUUCGUUCUUUAAAUAGGGCACUUUAGCCCAGAAAAAAGGGCACUUCUUUCACUUUUAAAAAAGUGGGGGGGCACAUGCCCCCAUUGCCUCCCCCCGGUUCCGCAGCCCCUGGUCUCAUUGCCAUGCAUCUUAAAAGCUACUGACAGAGUUGAAAGCAGUGAAUGUAUGUAAGGGAGCAUUCAUUUUUUAGCUGGGGGGGUGGGCCGGAGGAAUUUGGGGGUGGGUCAGCCAAUUUUGACAUGCUUCAAAGGGGUGGGUCUUUUUAUACUUUUGGUAUAAAUGGAGGGGGUCAUAAAAAUAAUCAGUGAAAAAAUCACCAAUAUAAUUUUAUAGAAUUUGGAAAUAUUUGGAUCAAGAAUGGUAAAAAGGUCCAGAAUCUAUCUCGUCAUCUAUAACAAUAAAGCAAAAUUCAUUUGAUGCUCUGUUCACACAGUCCAUAGGAAAACAUUUCCAUGACGUUCGUCAAUUGACCUUGUUUUUAUACGUUUUUGUGUGAAAACAUGAAUGAAAGAAAACGCAGGACCGUAGCAUGAUUUCAAACUCAUGCAUGAUUUCAAAGAGCGCAUGACUUCAAAAUCAUGCAGCCUUUAUCAAUUUUAAGCUUUAUUAAUUUUAAGCGGCUACAUUAUCCAUGACAAACUGCAAAGAAUGAAGAUAGUACCCACAGUUUCCUGCAACUUAUCUUAGUUAUCCAAUAUAUAGUAAAUUAAAUAUGCCUUCGCCCAUUUAGUACUACCAAAUUGUCAAUUUCGACAUACUAAAACGCUGUUUUCUGACCAUCAUCUGUCAAAUCUUCCCCAAAGGCCAGGAAAUGGCAUUUCAGAGACUCUAAAUUUAAAAAUUUCCUCGGGCCUUCGGCCCUCGCUUUCAGCCCCCAAUCAAAAAGUGUUUCCUACAGCCUUGUAACGCUAUGGAAACGACACCGUGUGGAUUAAUAGUUAGGAUGAGGGGUCAAAAAAUUUUCAGUAAAAAAUAUAGGGGGUCAUAAUUUUUUAUCAACUUUUGUCUUGGGGGUUCCAAGUUUUCGCAUGGAAUUAGACAUCAGUUCCUCCGGCCCACCCCCCAGCUAAAAAAUGAAUGCUCCCUAAAAGGUGGAAUGGCAUGUGGAAUGACUGUGCAGAAAUGGUUAGACAAUGGUUAGGGGUUAGGAUGAGGUCUUGGGUUAGUGUUAGGAUUGGAAUUAGGGUUGCAUUCCUUUUUUCACUCAUUGUUUUUUCACCAAGUUCAAACUAGUGAAAUCUUGAACUGUAGACAUUUGAUUUGCAUGUUCUUCGUAAUAAUAGGUUCCUGUUUAUGAUUUCAAAACUCACCAGAGGUUAAAAGAUGCACAGGUAAAAUACCAUUUUCAAUAAUCACCUGGCUUCCUGCCAUGAUUUGUGCAUACUAGCACAUCACAAAAGUCUGUUUUAAUAUCUGUUUAAUUUUCAUGUCAUCAGAAUACAAUGUAUGGUGCUAAUGUCAUAAUAUUUGAGGGAAUCAUGGCAUUCUGUAAUGAAGAAUUAUGCGAGGUUGGAGACUUGACAACUUGUCGUAUGGAUUAUUUUCCAUUUCCUUGUGGUGUCUUCUUGUACAUAUUAAAAAAUUAUUGCCAAUCUCUAUUAUUGUAUCAACAUCGCUAAUUAGUUUUGGUUUGAGCCUUGAGGGUUGAAAUUCUAAAGCAAUUUUGACAAAUAUCCAGCUAUUUUAAUAUUUUACAUAUUGUAGUUAAUGGACACAAAAAUUUUCGUGGAUACCGAUGCAGAUGUGAGGCUUGCUCGAAGGUACAUUUUUGACCAAUCAACUUGUAGGAUUUGUUCUGUUCACUUGUGCAAAAAUACUAAUAACAUAUACUGACGAAUGUUUAACUUACAAGCUUUGCUAUUACUUCUUUUAUAAGGUUGAAACGUGAUAUUUCGGAACGAGGUCGUGAUCUCAGCGGUGUGCUACAACAAUAUAAUACCUUUGUUAAACCUGUGAGUAGUAAUAUCAUAGUCAUAGUAUGAAAGGUUUUUAUGUAGUAUUUGAGUCAAGUUAUAAUUAUAAUCUUAAAAAUUUCACAAGAAAAUUUUGUUUGUCACACAUUUUUUCAUUUCCAGUCAUUUGAAAAGUAUAUUGCUCCAAGUAUGAUAUGUGCUGAUAUUGUUGUACCAAGAGGUAUAUAUUAGGCCAUAGACGCAGCGAUCCUACCGUACUUAACAUGUUGCAGUAUGAUUUGGCAUUAUUGUAGGGGAAGUAGUACCUGAAAGGUAGAAUGCGUUCAGGAAAGAGCCUUACGGGCAAUAUAUUGUGACUGGAACGCCUCUUAUAAGCAGUUAUUCGAAUGGGCUAAGCUACCCACCUUAUUAAAUAGAAGACUGCAAGAUAUUGCGACCAUCAUGUAUAAGGUCAAAUCUAAGAUCUGCCCAAAUUACAUGGUAGACAUGUUUUCCAGAAACUCAACAGUAUAUAACCUAAGAAUAAAGGAAUUUUGUAUCCCCAGAUUUAAUACAGUGCACUACAGUAAACAUUCUCUUAGAUAUUUUGGGCCACUUUAACCAGGAAUGUGCUAGGUAGUUUAUUGAUCCAGUUCCUGGUUGAAUUUAACCAGAGUGUUUUUAGAGUAUACUAUAUGGUCUAAGCUACCAGAAAACUUUAGAGACUUUAAUGGCUAGUGAUGACUGUAGGAACUGCUCAGUAUGUAGUAUAUGGUAGUAUUGUAAAUAUUUUAGCUGUAGGAAUUUACCUACCUAGAAAUUAAUUAUUUAUGUAGAUAGUGUCCGUAUAUUUAGUGGUUUUAUACUGCUAUCAUUUUUUUUUUGACACUUAAAUAAAGUUAUUAUUAUUAUUAUUACUCCUGGGUUAGUUGGUGUACAAAGUUUGAUGUACAAACAAAUACAUAUUUCUUUCAGGCGGUGAGAAUAUAGUGGCAAUAAACAUGAUAGUAAGACAUGUAAAACAACAGUUACUCGAGGUUUGUGUAGUUCUCUUUUAAAAUAUGUCGUGUGUUUUCAAAUUUGGCGUGUCUUUUUCAAUUCUCUACCUCAGCUUAUUUCUCUUUUUAUGUUUUAAACAACAGAGGGGAUUUCAUAUAAGGUAGGCGUACAAAAUUACGUGAAUUAUUUUGAGGUCUGGAGUUAAAUAUAACACACUUUCAAUCUUUCAUUGUUAAAUAUAACACACUGUAAUUGGUGUCAUUUCUGCCAGAUCUAAACUGAUCACAGCUCAUCAAGGACAACGGUUACCUGACAGUUUACAUGUGGUUGAAGCAACGCCGCAAGUCAGGGGAGUACAGGCAAUAAUCAGGUCUGUGAAGGAAAAAUUGACUGGACAAAU